GUGUAUUUGAUUUGAUCAAUUUUAGAAAUUAUUAGGAAGUAGAAAAAUUCCACUAAAGGAAACAUGCUGAUUCUUAUCUUGUUUAUAAUCGGUGCAGUUGGAAGCGCAAUAAAGGACACGAGUCUAUCAAUUAAUCCAAGAGAAGCCAAAUCCUUUUUAACCAGAACAAGACGAAGUGCCGACGAUUGCACAGACGAAGUUUGGUGUGAAGCAAACAGAAAAUAUUGCACGCAACACUUUGAGGAAGGUCGUGAAGAUUAUUGUCCACUGCGUUCUACGCAUUGUGGGGACGGAACAACUUGUUACCUAUCUCAACCUUGCUACAAUCCACAUCAUCCUAUAGAAACGGGUUGUACAGAAGAUCUUUGUAUGUCAUUUCCUUGUGAAAAUGGUGGAAACUGCAGUGUUGUUAAUGCAACCCAUAUAUCGUAUACGUGUGCAUGUGUUCCUGGAUAUAACCAGUCAACAGACUGUGCUACUGAUUAUGAUGAAUGUGCAUCAAACCCAUGUUUACACGGUGGUUCAUGUGGUAAUCAUUUUAACCAAUUUACAUGUGAUUGUACCAACCGUUUUGAGGGAAUUAUAUGUGAAAAGGACUGUAGACCUGGUCCUGCCGAUAUAGUGUUUAUUGUUGACACAUCAAGCAGUUUAAAGGGGGACGUAAAUCGGUCCAUUGCCUUCCUACGUGAGUUCGUAGACAAACUUCCAAUUGGUGUUGAUGACUUUCAAAUUGCAGUAAUUACCUUCGGAAGAGAACCUUAUGUUUUGUUCGACUUAGAUGACUAUACGAAUAAAGCGGAUAUUAUUCGUGCCCUAGACUUAAUUGAAGGGAGAGAAGAGGGGACACUAACUGUUCCAGCUUUGCAGAAGGCAGUCGAGAUAUCGAUGAGUUCUUCAUCAGGGUCUCGUUUAUCUUCUGCCUACCAUUACAUAAUGUUGUUGUAUGACGGACUCUCUUCUGAUCCGAAUGAUGUAUCAACGUUUGUACAGACAUCCAGUAUACCUAUAGUAACGGUCGGAAUUGGGCACUCUGUUCUUCAUAAUGAGCUAUUAACUGUUUCCGGAGAUGCCGAACAUGUGUCAAGUCCUUCUCAUUUUAACGACCUCUACAAUAGAUUUCUAAGGGAGAUAAUCCAUACAGAUUGUAACGAUUGCACCCUACAUACAGAAGCUGACGUUAUUAUUUUACUUGAUAUUAAUAAUAAUCAAACCAAUGAGAACUUAAACUCAAGACAAACAUAUGGCACUCGUGCUCUGAUUGAAGCCAUUGUUAAUUAUAACAGUGAUGUAAACAUAAGUAUGUAUUCCUACACAGAGGAACCAGAUAUUGUAUUUCAUUUCACAAACGACAAAGAUGCCAUGAUAGCCAAAGCCCUCCAUAUAGGGAAGGAUGUGUCAUCAACCUCAACAAAUACUACUCAUGCCAUGUUACACAUCAGCGAAAGUGGGUUUUAUCCUUUCCAUGGCGGGAGAUCUUCUGCGAAGAAAUUUGUUGUACUGAUUUCCGAUGGUAACUGGAUGAACACUGAUGCCAUUAAAAUGGAAAUAAUCAAAAUGAAACAAAGUUCAAUCGAGGUAUAUGCAAUUUUCGCAGGUGAAGAUAGUAACAUGGAUAAUCUUAUUUACAUUAUGGAUGAUCCGGGCCACGUUUAUUAUGUGCAUGAUGAAAACUAUGCAGACACAACAAGCUUAAACGUGUUUGCAUCUCUUACAUCUUACUAUACCUGUGACAAUGAUAUAUUUACUAAUCGCCAGUAAAUCAAACAAAACAAAAUAUAUUGCGUUUGUCAUAGAUUAUGUAAGGGUCUGUAAACAUUUUAUAUGUAUUUAGGGAAAGACCUUCGAAAAGUAGUCGGAUUACCGUACCUUUACCAAUUCUCUGUUAUUGCGAGUUCACUUUAACAAGCUUUAAAGCAUUUAUAUCUUACCUUAUUGGCCUAUAUAUAAUUCAAAAUUUCAUACUUUGUCGUCUUCGUGGCUAUAU